AUGUCCUCUCCGAAGGGACGCUUGGUCGCCGUGAAUGCGUACCUCCUUCUCGCCCUCCUGUUGGCUGUCGUUAUAAUCAGUGCCGACGCUGCCUCAGUUCCACAUUGGUACAGUCGGGUCAUCGAAAAGCUAAACACUACGCUUGUUCAAAAUGGUUACUAUGCCAAGUGUCUCGUGGACAGUCCUGUCAGUGCCAUCGAUUGCAAAGGCGUCGCCUACGGUGCAGGGCUGAAAGCUGAGGCGGCAAAAGAUAAUGCUCGGUACUACGCCUCCGCCACUGGCGACUACCGCUGUGGAUACUUUGUCGGGCAAUGUAUAAUUCGCCAAUAUAGUAAAUGA